AUGGAGCCGAUUCUUCUUCUCUUGCUGGUCAUAACGUUGCUUCAUGCAAUUAGUGCAGAGAAUAUGAGAUCUGUAUCAUGUUCUUCUUCAUGCGGCAGUAUCUCUAACAUAAAAUAUCCUUUCCGGCUCACCACUGAUCCUUCGAAUUGUGGAGAUUUCAGGUACACUCUUUCUUGCGAGAAUAAUAUUACAGUCUUAAACUUGCCUCUUCAUCAACGCCACAAAAUAUAUGACGGUCGUUCCCAUGUCAAUUAUCAAAGAUACUAUGUACGGGAGAUCAACUAUAACAACUAUACGAUUCGAGUUGUUGAUCCCAUUUUUGAAAAACAUCAAAACGUCUCCUCGUUGAUCACCAUCAGUAAUUUGUCCAAUGAAAACUUUUAUGAAUAUGAUAGCUACAGACCAAAACUUGCAAAAAUGGUAGUGUUGCUUAGCUGUGAAAGAGUAGUGAUAAACCCUUCUUACAUUGAUGCUCAUCCUUGCGUUCCAAACAAUAAUAAUUGGUCUUAUUAUUUGCUGGAACAAGUGAGUCUUUCUGAGUUGGAGGAGUCCUGCUGGAUAAAACAAGUAACAUUCAUAGAUGAAAGUUAUCAUUAUGCAUCAUCUUUAUCAUGUCAUGGAAUCAACAAGAAGCUAGCUCAUGGGUUUCAGCUUUCUUGGAUCCAAAUCUUUGACAAAUCAAAAGAUCAUCGACAGAUUUGUUCCCUCAAUGAAAAAUCCAACAAAGUUAGGUGUCGUUACCGUUAUGGAUGCGUCACUAAAGAUAGUUUCCAACCAAAGAAUCAACGAUUUUGUGAGGUCUCGUUCGAAAUAAUUUUUCGCCAGGUUAUGUUUUACACAAAAUGUAAGGGAUAA